AUGAGGGACCGCGGGGAGGGGGAGCGCGAUUGUGUGUUUGUGUGUGCAGUAUGAGUGUGUCGAGGGGGAGAGAGAGACAGAGAGAGAGAGAGAGACAGAGAGAAAGAGAGUCGAGCAGCGGCGGAGCGCAGCACCGAGGACAGUUUUCUCCGCCAGUCUUUCGUACUAACAUCUGAUACUAUGAUCAUCGCUUCGAGUGCACUCUGGCACUAGAACAGAAGGGCAGCUGAACCCCCACCACCCCAUGACUUUGGUUUUGUGAGUAGGAGCUCUAUGUGGAUCAAGAGUUGAAGAAGGAGCACCUGAGACUAGUGGUGAGCUAGUCGCACCACCCUCAGCUCUACCGACGCCUCCCCCUCCCACCUCCUCAGCCUAAACCCACCGUCCUCUGCCUCCACCCUUCUCUCCCACUUCUCGUGGGAACUACGCGCUGUCAUGUCUCCCUUCGCCUCACCCACCUCCAUCCUCCUUCUCCUCCCCCUCCUCCUCCUGCUGCCUCCCUGUCAGCCAGAGUCCCAGCGUAUUGAGCCCAGCGGCGACCCCGACCUAAGAGCGGUCUCACCCUCCAUAUUCCCCUCGUCCUUCCUGCCCUCCGUGUCUUACGGUAACAGCACCAAGCCCGGCAUCAAAGGCAAGUGUGAGGAGGCGACAGUGUGCAGGCCCGGCAUCCUGCUGCCCGUCUGGCAGCCCAACCAGCCCGGCCUCGGCGACCAGGUGGCCAGAGCUGUGGUCUACUUCGUGUCACUCAUGUACAUGUUCCUGGGAGUGUCCAUCAUCGCAGAUCGCUUCAUGGCGUCUAUAGAGGUCAUCACGUCACAGGAGAAGGAGGUGACCAUCACAAUGCCUAACGGGGAAACAUCAGUGGCGACGGUUCGAAUCUGGAAUGAAACUGUGUCCAAUCUGACGCUCAUGGCUCUGGGCUCCAGCGCCCCGGAGAUACUGCUGUCUGUUAUAGAGGUGUGUGGUCACAACUUUGAGGCCGGCGAGUUGGGACCAGGAACCAUCGUUGGCAGCGCUGCCUUCAACAUGUUCGUGAUCAUCGGGAUCUGCGUGUGGGUGAUCCCCAACGACGAGACCCGCAAGAUCAAACACCUCAGGGUGUUCUUUAUCACCGCCUUCUGGAGCAUCUUCGCCUACAUCUGGCUCUACCUCAUCCUGUCCGUCAUGUCGCCGGGCGUGGUGGAGGUGUGGGAGGCCGUGGUGACCCUGCUCUACUUCCCAGUGUGUGUCAUACUGGCUUGGAUCGCCGACCGUCGUCUGCUCUUCUACAAGUACAUGGGCAAGCGUUACCGUGCCGACAAGCGCCACGGCAUCGUCGUGGAGACUGAGGGAGACUUGACACCCAAUAAGGGCGGCAUGGAGAUGAUCAUAGACGGCAAAUUCCCGCCACGAGGGGGCGCCGUGGUCCCUGCCGAAAACUGCGGGGGAGCUCAGGGAGGCGCUGCAGCCAAUAACGUUGGUGCGGCAGCAGGAGCCAUGGCAACGGGAGCUGGGGGAAACCUGCCCAACUCCAACAGCAUGAUGGUCAAUGUGGAGAGCAGCAAGGAGCUGGACGAGAGCCGCAAAGAGGUGAUUCGUAUCCUGAAGGAACUGAAGCAGAAAUAUCCCGACAAAGAGCUGGACCAGCUGGUGGAGCUGGCCAACUACUACGCCCUGCUGCACCAGCAGAAGAGCAGAGCCUUCUACCGCAUACAGGCGACUCGUAUGAUGAUUGGAGCCGGUAACGUCCUGAAGAAGCACGCAGCCGACCAUGCCCGCCGCACAGCUGUAGCUGACGAGGAGGCACCGGAGGAAGACGACGCGGGGAUAUGCAGCCGCAUCUCAUUUGAAAGCGCCCACAGCCAGUGCAUGGAGAACUGUGGCGUUCUGACGCUGGCUGUAGUCUGCCACGGGGGUCUGGGAGAGAACACCUUCUAUGUGGACUACAGGACGGAAGAUGGUUCGGCCAACGCGGGGUCGGAUUACGAGUACAGCGAAGGAACGCUGGUGUUCAAACCGGGAGAGACUCGUAGAGAGAUCAAGGUCGGUAUAAUCGAUGAUGACAUCUUUGAAGAGGAUGAGCACUUCUUUGUGCGCCUGCUGAAUCUGCGUGUUGGUGACGCAGAGGGGAUGUUUGAGAGCGAUGAAGUGGGUGCCCUCCCCAAAGCUCGCUUGGUUGAGCCCCUGGUUGCCACGGUGACCAUCCUGGAUGAUGACCACGCUGGCAUCUUCACAUUCAGCGAGCGCAUGGUGCGGGUGAGCGAGAGCGUGGGCACCAUGGAGGUGACGGUGGCUCGCAACUCGGGCGCCCGCGGCACCGUCAUCCUGCCGUACCACACUGAGUCAGGCACCGCCAAGGCCGGAGAAGACUAUGAGGACGCCCGGGGAGAGCUGGAGUUCACCAACGACCAGACCACUCAGACGCUCCUGGUGAGGAUAAUUGAUGAUGAAGAAUAUGAGAAACAUGAAAACUUCUUCAUUGUGUUGGAGGAGCCACGCUGGCUGAAGAGAGGAAUCUCAGCUCUGCUGCUCAACCAAGAGGGGGUGGAGGGGCAGAUGAGUGCUGAGGAGGAAGAGGCCCGGAGGAUAGCUGAGAUGGGGAAGCCCAUCCUGGGAGAGCACAGCCGUCUGGAGGUGGUCAUCGAGGAGUCAUAUGAGUUCAAGAGCACCGUUGACAAGCUCAUUAAGAAGACCAACCUGGCGCUGGUGAUCGGCACACACUCCUGGAGGGAACAGUUUGUUGAGGCGGUCACUGUCAGCGCAGGUGACGGCGAUGACGGUGAGGAAGGACGUGAGGAGCGUCUUCCAUCUUGUUACGACUAUGUCAUGCAUUUCCUCACUGUCUUCUGGAAGGUUCUGUUCGCCUGCGUCCCGCCCACAGAGUACUGGAACGGCUGGGCCUGUUUCUGCGUCUCCAUCAGUGUCAUCGGCCUCCUCACCGCCGUCAUCGGCGAUUUGGCGUCACACUUCGGCUGCACCGUGGGUCUGCGGGACACAGUGACUGCAGUGGUGUUUGUGGCAUUGGGAACUUCUAUUCCAGACACCUUCGCUAGCAAAGUGGCCGCCAUGCAGGACCAGCACGCCGAUGCGUCUGUCGGAAACGUCACUGGUAGCAACGCUGUCAACGUGUUCUUGGGGAUCGGCGUGGCCUGGUCAGUGGCCGCAGUCUACUGGAAAAUCAAGGGGAAGGAGUUCAAGGUGGACCCGGGGUCGCUGGCCUUCUCUGUCACGCUCUUUACCAUCUUCGCUUUCAUCUGCAUGGCUGUGCUCCUGUUCAGACGCCGGCCCUCCAUUGGCGGAGAGCUCGGUGGCCCAAGGGUGCCCCGCCUCCUGACCAGCCUGCUGUUCCUGGGCCUGUGGUUCCUCUACAUCCUUUUCUCCAGCCUGGAGGCCUACUGCCACAUAAACGGCUUUUAAAAACGGAGAUGGAGAAAGUUCUGGAAGAAUAUUGCACAACAACACACACAUAUACUUUAACACUCAGUCCAUACAGCUCACAGUUCGACAUGAAACAAGUGUAUGAUUCAUCUGUUUAAUGAGGCUCACUGCAGCCUGGAGGUGUCCUGGUCUUCGAUGCAGGGACACUCAAAUACUCCAGAUACAUGUUCACACACACACACUUUAUAUGUACACAUGUGUAAACAGAUCAGAUCAUAAGAGACACACACACAGGCACAGUUACAGGCAUGAUGUAGGGCGAGAGGAAGUGUUUGUGAAGGGCGAGAAGUGAGGAUACAAAAGGUUACAGAGGCAAAGUUAGAAGAGGGAAGAUGGAGAGACAGAGAGAGCGACUGUGGAGUUUUCGAGGUGAAGAGAGGGUCAGCCUCUGGAGCGCUGUUUCAUUCUGUGGUAUAGAAGGUUUAUUUUAGAGUCAGGUGGGUUUAGGUUGGAUUAGAGGAUGAGACCACUGAUAGAGAAGAGCAGGCCUGUUAGUGUUAAGAUGGAACAGAAACCUGUGCACACUGGACAACAUUUCUCCUGAGUUACAUCCUGCAACAAAACGUGUCCCUGCCACCUCUCCAUCUUUACUGGUACAGCUGCACGUUUCCUCACGGAGGAGGUGGAGCGCUGUGUGAAAAAAGGAGUGGAAUGUUUACAGCAACAUUAAGUCUGUUUACUACAGGAGAGUCAUAUAAAGUGGUGAUGCUUGUCUAAUGCACAGUAUAGAUGAAAGCUGUUCUCCACACACGCUGUAAAUAGUAAAAACCGGUGUACAUAUAGAGUGUAGUGUUUUCAGGAGGCAGAUAGUGUUGCCACCAGUGAAAAACGUAGAGAGGGUGAAAGAAAGGAUCCCCCAGAAUGCAAAGCUACUUUUUUGUAUAGAAAGCCAAAUUACAGUGAAAAGAGAGUUUUUGAAAUUCAUGCACAGACUGGAACCAGGCCACAGGUCCCAAACAUUAGAAACUGAAGUCUUAGCUGAACAAAUAAACAAAUGAUGAACUGGUGAAAUACAAGUUUAGAAGUGGCUGACAGUUUUUAAAGAGCCAUUCCUCCCCAGCGUCUUUGUGUUCCAGUCAAAUGUGUCUGUUUACCAGAUGUUCUCUCCCUCUGGCGGAGGCUUGUGUGUCAAACUAAAGGAUUAUUUUUUUGCAUGUGUAGCCGGAUACGGAGCAUCUUCACAUAAUAAGUCUCAUAUAUAUAUACUAUGUAAAAGGGAAUGAACAGAAUCCACCUGUAGAUUACAUGCCUGCAUUUGUGUGUCUACUUGGUGAACAGAAACUAUCAGCUGGUCCUUGGUGAUAACUCCUUCCCGUAGAAAUGUGUGUGUAGGCAUGCAGGAAGUAGGAGAGGCGUUUGGUCUGAGAGGAACAAAAGGACAUUUUCCUCCUCAGAAAAGAUUAAAUAUGUAGAGUCUUUGUUUGAGGCUUUUUGCUCCAUCCAGAUGGACUGAGAUCACUGAACAGCAGUCAGUCAUCACUGUGACACUGUGGUAGUGACAGACUCAGCCAUUACUGUGGCAUGUAUCCUGACAGACUAAUCCUCUAUCUUUAGUGACAGCAGCAUGUCAGACAGAGAGAGACUUAACAGUGUUAGUUUAGCUCAGUGGUUCUCAAACUUUUUCCGGCAUGCCCUCCUUCAGAAGCCAAAAAAAACCCCACCCCACAAUUUUUGUCAAUCGUUAAUAAUAAUAGGGAAAUUAAUUGUGUGAAAUACAGAUCAGCACUGUUUUGUUUAUUUCCCCAACAUAAAUCAUAUUCACUCAACUUAGUUUCACUCCAUAUUUUCCUCAUCAUCCACGCCCCCUACACCCCACAUACCCACCCACCCACCCUGCAGUGGCUCUAUGCCUCCCUCCCCACAGGGGGGUGUGCCCCCCAGUUUGAGAACCACUUGUUUACUUUAAAGAGUGAAGCCUCUUAAGCCAGUUAAUUGCAAUUAAGUAAUUUAAUACCUGACUAAAUAGAUUUUAAACAUCAAGAUUCACAUAUUGAUCAGGACACAGGAUCCUGCAGGAUGUUAGUCUGCACCACACUGUUGCUUCAAGACAGCACCAACACAAUGCCUUAAGGAAAACGCUCAAGUGAAAAUCUAGUAUUCAAGCUCUCAGCUGAACUAACUGUCCAGACUGCACUUUGUUUGAUGGAACUAAAACAUAUAGUGUUGUGGGUUUUUUUUUUUUUUCUCUUUAGCUGAGAAAUCGUUAGUGUGCAAUAUGUGAAGGGAGAGUCACUGGAGGAAAACUAUGAACUGUUUGAAGGUUUGAUUCAUGUAAGACUGGAUCUUUCUUCUCCUGUGGGAAGGGGUUGUUGUAAUUUGUCCCCGUCCAUCCAUCUGUGUUUAGAGCACAAUACGCUGUAUGUAAGAACCUGCUAAAAAUGACUUUCCAUUCUGGUGAACAUUGUUUAAAAGGACUAACUAAACUAUGAUGUAAUGUUCUCCAGGCUUUGUUUACAGCGUGUAGGUCAGCAGCAGAUAGGGCUUCAUUUUGCAGACAGCUGACAGGUCCACACUGUCAAACCUAGGUUUAAAUCAAAGACAGUUUCUAUAGUCAUAAUACCACAGCGUAGACUGUUUUCCGUGGGAAACACAUUACAGAACGCUGCCCCUCAUGACAUGUAUGUGUUGCUCAGUAUUGCAUGGCAGAGUUGGAACAUACAGUAAAAUGUUCACAAGCUACUGAAACUACUGGCUGCUAAAUAGAUAGGAUGCACAACAGAGAGGUACAAAACGAAGAGAGGUGCAAAUGAAAAAGUAAAUAUCACAGCAAACGUAGCGAGCAGUGUGCAACAUGAUGGUGUGAUAUGAAUUAUUAGCUUAGACACAAAGCAUCAACAGCCCAGCGUCCUUUUGUACACGUCGAGACAUCCCAGUCAACAUUAUAAUUACUGUAAGAUUUACUGCCUAAUAUCAGUCACCUUAAUAUAUUCCUGUGAGAACGUUGUGCUUCGUGCUGCAGGUGCAUUACAAACAUUUCACCCACAAAUAAUAAGUGCUAUACAAGUGGAAAUUGUUAUUACUCUUAUUAUAUACAAUAAUAUUGGAAAGAUUCAAUUCAUUUACCCUUAACUAACUAUACUUUGUAAACUUUCUAAAACCAAUUUUGUAUCUUUUCCUUACAGAUAUAUCCGAGGUAGAUUUUUUUGUACUUCUAAACAAUGUUUAGAGUAGUAUCAGUAUACAGAGUUGGUAGUGUAGAUUAAAUCGUUACUGAAUUUAGUGGAUUAGAUUUUGAUAUAUUUUCCACAGAGGAAGCUCCCCUUUGAACUGCUCAAACAGUGUAGUGUAUCAUAACCGAGCGUAAUCUCAUCUCAUUUAGUCAAAUACUUUAUCUGCUGACUCGUUCGUGUCUGUGUUACUUAUGUAUAUUUAUUCUCAUGAGAUUAUUUAGAUAUUUAUUUAUUUACAAGAGGAUUAUUUAUCUAUGGAUAAGCUGUGCCACAGGUCCUUGAGGUGAACAGUUUGGAGUUUAGUUCAAGGAGCGUGGUUUCAACGUGCAAUACAGGAUAAAAUUCAUACGCAUCUUAUUUCGUGAGUGGGUUUUUGACGAGAGGUCAGUUGACAUGUUUAUCUGCUGCAGUGUUUGUUGUUACCCUCCGCCAACGUACAUUUCUUCAUCCAGUCCUCCUGAAGAGGGAGUUUUGACUGUAGGUAGCAUGUUUACAUGAAGAAACAGUGUGGAACAUUGUAAGUAUGAUUGUCAGUCUCGGCUCGUUUUGAGCUGAACAGGGACAUUUUGUAGAUAUUAAUGGUGGCUUUGAGGCAGGUCAGUGGUGUGUGAGGUUUUGACAGUAACUUAACUGAAGUUCACUCACUAAACCGCCAGCUGGGACCAAGAUUACACAACACAUACACAUACACACAUAUACACACACACACACACACACACACACACACGCACACACAGGUCUGAUGAAGUAAUCUGUGACUGGGUGAAAAAUGAUCAGCACCACCGGGUACAGAAUGGAUCAGCUCUUGUGUCCGGUGCUCCCAGCUUUGUCCCAGCAGAAGUGACCCAGAUGUGGCUCAGCGCCCAAGAACAGAACUGUGUACAAUGUCCGGACAAUGUUCCUUGUUUCCAUGAACUUCUGUACUAACUGUCCGGCUUCGGCCUUUGCUGUUCUGUAGCUAGAUGUGAUGCCUCCCCGAUCCAGACUCUCCUCCUCACCCCUCCCUCCCCGGUGUGUGUCUGUGUUUGCCUCCCUCCGUGCUCCUCUGCAGAUGCAUGAUGAAUCCCUGUGUAUGUGUGUUAGCAGCAUGGUCUACUGUGAUGGACGCCUAUAGGCAUAUUUUAUCAGGUUGAUUCCCCCGCAAUCCCAAAAACACCAGAGACAUUCUGUGAAGUGAAAUGAGCAAAUGGCACACACAGAAAACAACCACAACUCCAUACAGACGUACUGAUCAGAAACACACACAGUCACACACAGACAGCAUUUAUGGAUUCAGAGUCUCCUGUGUGUUAGUUUUGUUACCUUCAGAAGCUGUGAAAAGAGAGCCCGCGCUGCGCUCUGUUGUGUCAAGGCUACGUCUGCAACGAGCAACACCCCAGGUCAUCUUUUUGUUUGUUGGUGUACGAUAUUUCUGUGUCUGUGUUAGUGUCCCCCUCUUCUUCCUCCCCCUCCCCCUCCCCCUCCUCUUCUUCUUCUCCCAUUCGCUCCCUCCCAGGUCUUGCUCUUCAUUGUGUUUCUCUGUGAAGUUUUUUCCUGUGAUGAUGAAAAUUUCUCUCUGCCUGAACCUUUGUAGGGAAAUAAUGACUGAGUUACUACAAUAUCAUGUGAUAGGCAUAUACAUUUAUUCAAUACUGUAAUAAAUUAUUAACUGAAGAUGAUAUAAAAGUUUUUUUAUGAAAUGCAGAAAAAAAAAAUCUUAGAAAAAAAAAGACAAUUUGUUUUUGAGAACAUGGCAUGAGGUGUAAUGUGUUACUGAAAGAAAAUGAAGGUCUUUAAUCAAGUGAAGUUGACCUUGUUUGAAUAUAGUUUAUUUAUUUUCAAGGCG